AUGGCGGCAAACCCGUUUGCUUCUGCUUUCCGCUCGUUUUGGCAUACUAUGACCUCUAAUGACCGCCAUGCGAGCCAUGAUUCGCCCUACCGGACUGGCAGCCACAUGCCCGUCAACCAGAACCGACACGCACCACUCACAUCAGUUGCCACCGCUGCUGAUUCACAACCAGACUUGGCAGACCAUGGCGAUGCGAAACGCCCUUCCAUAUCCGCAACGUCAGUCGGCCUGCCCUCGCCCGCAAGGCCCUACUCGCCUGGCAUGAGAUCAAUGUCGUCUCCCAAAGUACCACAAACAGAAGAAACGCCCAUCUCACCAGGCGAGAUUCAGAUGCAGAGCUUCGCAGACGGCGCACCUCCUCCGCCGCCGCCUUCACAUUCAUGGAAGAAGAUCGACCGAUGGGCAGAAAAGAAUUACGAGGAGCUGUUUGAUAACCUCUGCGAAGGCUGCACGCAAAACGACAUCAACGAGCUCGAGCACGUACUCGAUAUAACUCUUCCACAAGACGUCCGCGAGUCAUUAUCGAUCCACGAUGGUCAAGAACGAGGCGGCCGGCCAACAGGUAUCAUACUCGGCUGCAUGCUGCUCGACUGCGAAGAGAUUGUGCAAGAAUGGAACAACUGGAAAGUGGUCAACGAAGAGUACCUCUCGAAAGCCAACAAGCCUGCACCGCAUUACCCGCUUAAGAGCCUCAAUAAUGCCGCUUCCUCCUCGAGCUCCUCCGCACCACAGAACAAGACCUUCUGGCGACAAGAAUUGCUCGAGCGCCAGGACUCGCAGCCGCCCAAAGCCAUCCAAAAAGCCUAUGCCCACCCCAGCUGGAUCCCUCUAGCCCGCGACUGGGGUGGCAACAACAUAGCCGUCGACCUCGCACCUGGCCCACUGGGCAAAUGGGGCCAGAUUAUCCUCUUUGGCCGGGACUACGAUUGCAAAGACAUCUCCUCCGAUCGCGUCAUGGUCGACGAAGACACCGGCGAGAUGAAGCUGAAAGAGUUCAAGACCGAGAACAUCGAGCCUCCCUACAUGGAGAUCUUGCGGUGGAGAGCAGACCAGAAAUACGGACGGAAACAGAUCAACAAUCGCAACAGCAGAGCCUACGGCCUCAACACGAAUGUGAAGCCCGUAAAUGGCAAAGGAUCACCCUACAGCAGCCCGAUCGCAGAAACCGACGAACAAGGAGCCCGCGGGAGAGGACCAUCCCCGCAACGCUUCUCCCGCACCAACACAGGAAGCCCCAGACCGGGCAAUACAAUGGUCGGCAGUCCGCUGGCGCGCGUCCAAGAAGAGAUUGCGCAGCCGCAGCCGCUGUCCAUCAAGACUGGUGGUGAUGUUGUCAAGGAUUUUGCUCGGGACAUUGAGGGAACUAAUACUUCACAGAGUGACUACUUUCCCAGCAGCACUAGCCACAUGAAUGGAAGUGCAUCUCAAGGGCGGAAGAGCAAGCCACAGAAGCUUGUUGACGCGCCCACGCCGAUCGAUACGAGUAUGCGGGUUUAUAUCCCUGAUAAUAGCCGGAACGGGUCUGGCUCAUACACAGAGAAGAAAGACAAACUAGUGGACAUACCCACGCCCACGACCGCGAGGUCGGACGCAGGAGGGAGGAGAGAUUUCCCGGCCACGAGCCUGAGCCGCGUUUCGACUUUGAAUGACCUAAGCGAAAACAAGGAGAAUCAGAGAACUGGGGAGAAGAAGAGCUCCGAGGAGUCGGACACGGCAGCAAAGACAAACGAGAAAGCGAAUGACACGAAGGCGAACGGUGUCAAGGGGUUGGGCGUAGAUACGCUCGAGGGUGAGAUGAGGGAUGUUGCUAUCUGA